AUGGCUCAACCAUGUCAAGACAGUGCGGCGGCCUUCGACCGUAUCGAGAAGAGCAUUUGGGACCUGGCAAACAGCGCUGACAAAGAGCAACGUUCGCAACGCUCAAUAGUCCGAUGGACUUGGUCUCGUAUUAAGCAAGACGCUUGGAUUGCAAGUGAUAAGGCGAUAUUCCUGGCCACGGAGCUGGCCAAGGUGUUCAUGCCCGCCUACGUCUGUAGCGUGUACGUUCGGAGGGACCCAAGCUGGCAGGCAGUUAACAGCAGCUUCGCGCCCAUGGCCUUGGAGAUGAUCAGGUUAAGCAAUGCUGGCUCUGUCCUGACGUUAUCCCUCAUCCCAAACGGCGUCAUCUACACUAUGGUGCCGCUCAAGGGCUCCACUCCAGACGACGACCCAAAUUGGAGAGCCAUCGGAAAGGACUGGCUGCAAGACAAGUUCAAUGAGGACAAGGUGCUGCACGCCAUCGACACCUCAGACCUCACCAUUAUCGGGCCGUACAACCUGACUCAAGGUGGUAUCGGGCUCGUCGCCAUGUUGUCCAUUCGCAUACCCAACGCAUCGCCCAAUGACACCUUCAACAUCCCAACCUACGUCCACGGGAAUCUCGGGAGCUGGCAGAAGCCUCCCCGCCAGCAGGACGGCCCCAACACCACCGACACGCCCUUCGCGCCGUACAUGUACAACUAUAGUACGGGCAGCAAGUGGUGGGGCCUGACCACAGUGCUCAUCUCCUGGGACAUCCUGCGCGAGCGGGUGAUGAGGCUUCAGGAACUGGAGGGCCUUGGCUACCGUUACGUGUUGUCGAGACCGGCGCUGCAGAAGGAGCUGCUACGAGCGAAGCUAGACAUGGGCAAUGGCAGUCACGAAUUGGCGGUAGCGUGGAGCGCCAAUGUGCAGUCCGUGGGCCCUGAUGCCACCAACAACAAUGCCAAGCCCACUCGUCCUGGGGAGGCUCGACCGCUGAUCUAUUACGACCUGCACAAGAAAUUAAGCAAGCCCGCUGAGGCACGGAUUUCUGUGGAGGGUGCUGAGAUGACCCUCUUCCUGGAGCCUGCAGCGGGCUGGGCACCCGAGUGGCGCAAUCCGCUGCUGGCGGUGGUUGCGGUGGGGUCGCUGCUCGUGGCCGCCAUGCUCUUCACGAUACUGGUCAACCGGAGGCAACACCUGGGACUGCUGCAUGCCAUGAUUCCCAAAAAGGUUAUCAGCACCAUCCGGCGAGGCGACAUCUUCACCGAGUCGUUUGAUUGCGUCACCAUCCUCUUCUCGGAUAUUGUGUCGUACACCAGCAUGAGUGCACAGAUGGCUCCCAUUGAGGUCGUACAGAUGCUGGACGAGCUGUACAAAGAGUACGAUAACCUGACGGAGAAGCACAAGCUGUACAAGGUGGAGACAAUCGGAGGCGAGCUUUUGCGCCAGGAAGGGGGACAGAUAACAAAGAUUACCUUGGCAGGCAGAAAACAAAACAAAACAGAGCGUGUCUAUGCCUUCAUGGUGGUGGGCGGCGCACCCGACCCCAUGGCCCCGCAUGAGGCCGCCCGGCGGGUUGCCCAAAUGGCCCUGGACAUGGUGGAGCUCACUCGGACACGCGUCCUCUCAGGGGGGCAGGUCCUUCGAAUCCGUGUGGGUAUUCAUUCAGGCCCCGUUGUGGCGGCCGUGGUGGGGCGCAAGAUGCCCCGGUACUGCCUGUUCGGAGAUACGGUCAAUACAGCAAACCGAAUGGAGUCAAACGGCAGCCCCAUGCGAAUCCAUGUCAGCGCCGCCACCGCGAAUUUGCUGCAGCAGGCGGCAGGUUUCGUACUGGAGGCGCGUGGAGACGUUCCUAUUAAGGGCAAGGGAUCCAUGUCCACGUUCUGGGUUACGAGCUCAGCGGGGAACCUUGCAGCUCCACAGCCCUCCCUGGGGCCAUCCCUCAGCGGCCCCAUGCCGGACGACACAACGAACCGGAACACACCUCCCCAGCAACCGCCGUCGUCGUACUUCCCACAAGACCCGGCGGUGGCCUUGCCGUCUGCUCGGGACAAUGCGGGACAGGGUCAGGUCCAGUUGGCGGCCGCCUGUCUGAAGCAGCAGCUGUUGUUUGAAGAGCGAGCUGACGGUGGUGGCAGUGGCAGAGGCGUUGGCGUUGUCGGAGCCGGCAAUGCAGCGACAUCGCCGCCGUUGCUGCUGGUACGGCCCCUUCCGUCAACAUCGCGCCUGAGCGCCCUGGCCGUACGACUUAGAGAUCCGGAGAACUCCCUGGACAGCGGCGGCGGCGGCAAGUGCGCCCCUCGUGUGUUCAUCUCAGCCAAGGCCAUGGCUUGGACGGCGGGGAGUCCGGCUCACCUGACAACUCGUGCUCCGGACGCGGAGGAGGAGGCGUACGACUGCUGUCCAGCAGCACACUUUGCAUUUCAGGCGGCCAGGUACUGCCCGCCGUUGCCUCUGAAAGCGGCGUCGCCUGAUCGGACCGCAGUACGGCAUGCAGCUAAUUGUACGGCAACGCCCAUCGACCGAAUACUAAAAACGUUAGACGCGCAUGUGGCAAGAUGGAUGUGCAAACGGAUGAUAAACGGAUGA